ACCAAUUCUGACAAGCAUUUCUGUGGCCAUGCCAUUGCUUCAGAUCUUUCUACUGCCCUUACUUCCUGAAAGUCCUAGGUAUCUCUUCAUUCAGAAGGAAGAUGAAAAUAGUGCAAUAAAAGUACUGAAGAAGCUGCGAGACACUGACGACGUGGGAGAUGAGAUAGAAGAGCUCCAACUGGAGGACAUAAUUGAGAAAGAUGAAAAGAACAUGGAUUCACUUAAGCUAAUGAUGACCCCAAGCCUAAAAUGGCAAGUCAUCCGCAUCAUCGUCUUGAUGGGUGGAGAGCAGCUUGAUGGCCUCAAUGUGACAGUUAUGGGAGCCUAUAUCUUCCUUCUCUUCUGGCCUAUCUCUGUAGCUACCUUUUUCGUUAUCUUCAGGAUUAUACCAGAAACAAAAAUGAAGGCCUUUGUACAGAUCAGGAGAUCCAUGCUGAAACAGAAGCAAAGGAAGAAACCAACCAAGAAGAGGAGAAUCAAGUAG